AUGGUCGAACUAGAUUUGGUUUGGGGUUUUGUGAAGUUUUGGUUUUACAGCCAAUUGCCCAGGCCCUACAGUUUCAAACUUGAAUCUCAAGCCCGAGGUGAGACUGUGAGGCUGGCCCCUGUAGCCGCACCGGUUCCGGCGCCAGUCGUCUGCUCCCCUCCCGUGAGCACUACGCCCGGGAGUACGUUGACGAAUCCAUCGCCGCAGGUUGUGGCCAAGCCCUUGUCAGAUGCCGCCGGGGAUGAGGCGGACGACUACGAAUGGUGCGAGGACCGGCAUCAGGCAGAUUGA